GAGAGGAUGUGAUGUGGAGAAGGAGGCGGUUUAUUACAGGAUUAUUUUGCGUUACGCCGAAGUUUUGUGAAAAUUCUCGUUUGUUUGAAAGCCAGCGACAGGUCCACUGCAAUGUCUGCCAAACACAGCUGCUCAUUAUUGGACACCUUUUCAACCGGGUAAUCCAGAGUUUGCGUUUGGAUUACUAUACAUUUCUGCUCCUGCUGUGUUUUGUAGCUUGACACAUCUAUUCAAAGUACCUUCCAGGACCGGAUCACUUGCUGUUGGACCUAAAUGUUACUUCUCGAGUUGGUCCUUAUUUGGGAGAUUGUUUGACUAGCCGGUGAAGUUAGUCUCACUGUGGAGGCUGGAGACGCACACGUGUUAUUAUCCCAUUUUCUCCGUUUGGGAAACAUUUAUUCUUCAGCACUGUCCGGAUAAAAGUUGUGUUUUUUUUUUCCUCUGUUAGAGAUUUGAUACAUACAGAGACAAGGUAGAAACAUGUCGCUAAGCAGAAGCAUUGAAUUUGAACACUUCGAGGAACGGGAGAAACCGCACCGGACUCCGAGGACCAACUCUGGCUCCGGGUGCCACUCCGGCAGCAGAGGCAACGGUCUGGUCCCCAGCCCUGCGCACAGUGCGCACUGUAGUUUCUACCGCACACGCACUCUGCAGUCCCUCACCUCUGAGAAAAAAGCCAAAAAAGUGCGCUUUUAUCGCAAUGGGGACAGAUAUUUUAAAGGUCUGGUGUAUGCUGUGUCUAACGACCGGUUCAGGUCUCUGGAUGCUCUGCUCAUGGAGCUCACAAGGUCUCUGUCCGACAAUGUCAACCUUCCUCAGGGAGUUCGCAUGUUAUACACGCUGGAUGGAUGCAGGAAAAUCGCCAGUCUGGAUGAGUUAGUAGAGGGUGAAAGCUACGUGUGUGCCUCAAACGAAUCCUUUCGACGUGUGGACUAUACCAAGAAUGUCCACCCCAACUGGGCAGUGUGCAGCAAGACCGGCACAUCCCGCUCCCUCUCCUCUCUCUUCCCGCUGAAGAAUGAGCUGCUGCGUGAGUCCAAGGAGUACAUCAAACCCAAACUGGUCACAGUCAUCCGCAGUGGUGUCAAACCUCGUAAGGCAGUGCGGAUACUUCUCAACAAGAAGACGGCGCACUCCUUCGAGCAGGUGCUUACUGACAUCACAGAUGCAAUCAAGUUGGACUCAGGAGCUGUGAGGAGACUGUACACUUUGGAGGGCAAGCAGAUUACCUGCCUGCAGGACUUCUUUGGGAACGAUGACGUGUUCAUAGCAUGUGGCCCUGAGAAGCACCGCUAUGCCCAGGAUGACUUUCUGUUGGAUCAGAGCGGUAAGGCUUCCACAGCCUUUAUGACUGAAUGCAGAGUGGUGAAGUCAUCGCACAGCCGGUCCACUACUCCAAACAGGACAGCUAAGAGUCCUUCACGACGCAGCAAGUCCCCUGGUGCAGUAAGACACACGGUCCACUACAGCACCAGCCAGUCUCCAAUCAAAUCCCCAGUGAAUGGUGUCUCAAGCAGUCAGAUCUCAACUCCAAAGUCCACCAAGUCCUCUACUCCGUCUCCAACCAGCCCCGGAACUGUUUCUGGUUUUAAGAUUCCUCCUUCACAUCACAUCUCUUCACAAAAUGUAAAUGGCUCAUUGAACAAUCACCAGGAGCUAACAAAUCUACCAAGUCCAGAGGCAGUUAAUGGCAACCUGCCUGCUUCCACCAUCUCUGAAAAAUACAAGAUUGGCAAGGUUAUCGGGGAUGGCAACUUUGCUGUGGUCAAAGAGUGCGUGGAGAGGUCCACGGGAAAAGAAUUUGCACUAAAGAUCAUCGACAAGGCCAAGUGCAGUGGAAAGGAGCAUCUCAUAGAAAAUGAGGUCGCUGUGCUACGGAGAGUCAAACAUCCCAACAUCAUCAUGUUGGUAGAGGAGGUGGACACGUCCUCUGAGCUCUACCUGGUGAUGGAGCUUGUCAAGGGAGGGGAUUUAUUCGAUGCCAUCACCUCCUCGGCCAAGUACACAGAGAGAGACGCCACUGUCAUGGUGUACAAUCUGGCUGCAGCUCUGAAGUACCUGCACAGCAUGAGCAUUGUCCACAGAGACAUCAAACCUGAGAACCUGCUGGUGUUUGAGUAUCCAGAUGGCACCAAGUCACUGAAACUCGGGGACUUUGGUCUUGCCACAGUGGUGGAGGGACCUUUGUAUACUGUGUGUGGUACACCUACAUACGUGGCUCCAGAAAUAAUCUCUGAGUGUGGCUACGGUCUGAAGGUUGACAUCUGGGCUGCAGGUGUCAUCACCUACAUCCUGCUGUGUGGCUUCCCUCCAUUUAGAAGUGAGAGUAACCUGCAAGAGGAUCUGUUUGACCAGAUCCUUCUGGGACGGCUUGACUUUCCCAGUCCUUACUGGGACAACAUCACUGACUCAGCCAAGGAGCUGAUUGGAAAGAUGCUGACCGUCAACGCUGAGGCCCGAUACACCGCGCAAGACAUCCUCUCCCACCCCUGGGUCACGGAUGACACAGUCAUGGAGAACAACAUGAAGAUGGAGGUCACAGGUAAACUGAAGACACACUUUGACACUGCGCCUAAGUACAACAACACCACAGCUGGGGUGUCUGUCAUCAUGAACACAGCUCUAGAUAAGGAGACCCUCCAGCUCACCAACGGUCAUCUUCCAGGACCCCAAAACAAGCCGUGUUCACCAUCGUCAGCCGGCAAGAAAGGCCCAACUGCACCCCUACCAAAGUCAGGACCAGCUUCUCUCCCUGAACCAGCGUCGCACUCCAAAGAACCAAUACCUGCCACCGAGACCGCUCCUCUCGACGCACCUGAGAAUCCUUCUGCUCCCAUCGGUUCACUUCCUUUCUCCCCUUUACCUUCUGCUGAAACCUUCCCCAUCACCUCUUUGCCUGUGUCCCCUCUUCCUGAAUUACAAACCUCACCCUUCUCUGCUCCUUACCUAUCUCUGGAGCCUCCAUCGCCCUCUACUCCUCCUGAGCUUUUUAUGCACACAACUCCCUCCACACCUUCCUCCCAUCAUUCCUCAUCAUCUCCAACCAAAGGAGACCCAAUCUCCUCUUCUCCUACAAAUCAAGCUCGUCUUUCUUCAAAUUUUCCCACCAAGCCUGCUUCUCUUUCUCCUCCCUCUUCUCCAACCAAACCAACCUCUCACUCUCCCCCCUUUUCUCCUUCCACGUCCGCUUCUCCUCCUCCUUCUCCCUCCACAACAUCUCCAUCUUCUUCUUCCCCUUCUACAAAACCAGCUUGUCCUUCUGCCCCCUUUUCCCCCUCCAAAUCAGCUUCAGAUUCUCCCUCAUCUCCCAACAAACCAUACUCUCUUUCUCCAGUGAAAUGUCUGCCAUCUCCUCUGUCCCCUCCCACCAAACAAACCCCAUCGUCUCCUACCAAAGAGGAGACGUCCCCAUGUUCCUCUCCCACUAAACAAGCAUCCCCCUCCCUACUUUCCCCAGUGGAACCUGUUGUAUUCUUCCCUCUGUCCUCCUCGGCCAAUCGAGAACCCGCCUCCCCCUCUUCCAUCCACCCAAUGCUGUUCCCCUCUCCUCCCUCUACACCUCCUAGAUCCACCACUCCUCCCUCUCCCAGUCAUCUCCUCGAUGAAGAGCUCAUGGAGCAGUUUUAAACGAUACUUCUGCAGCCAAAUCACUCCUCUCGCUCCUGACCUUACAUGUGUGAAUUAGAAAAACACAUCUUUAGCAUUUCCAGUAGCUGUAAACUGAGCCAGAGACCGCUGCGUCCAUGUUUUCUUUUAUUCUCAUCCAACUCAUUUUCAGAGACGGAGGAUUCAAGGCAUUUUCUCUGACUUUGUCGACUGUAUACAUGUUUGUAUUUAUUAGUAAUGGAGGAUGUGGAGAACUGAAUAUAUCACUGUUCUGAGUGGUUUGUCUUUGUAAGUCAUGUUACUGUGAAUGAUUUCUUUAACUUAUUCUCCUUCUUUGACUGCCUAUUUGUUUUGUAAAUAGUAAUUCAUCACACACACACACACACACACAAACUCCUCCUGCUUUAUCAAAGAAACAGUGAGUUCAUGAUGGGAGUAUUUCAGCAUAUCAAACAUCUCAGCUUGCUAGCCUAGCUACCUGUAGUGUUAACUAACUCUAACCACUACCAGUGUUUUCUCAGCUAAUCCCGAUGGAGACGGCAUAUAAAAUGUUGAAUUUAAGAUUAUAUUAAUUGUUACAACAUACCAGUACAGUGGGUGGACAAAAUAGCAGUUACAUCUGCCAAAGCACUUCAGACAAAUUACUUUGACGGCAAUAAUCAUUCUAACUGGUCUUUCUACCAAAAUACAAAAAAGGGGGUCGGGGUGGUGGUGGUGUUUUUGGCAAGUGACCUGUUCAUUUUCUUUCUAUUAAGGCCCCCUUUAUUAAAAAAAAAAAAAAAAAAAAAAAAAAGCCUAUUUCUCAUUUCUUGGCCAUGAAAACCAAAGAUUAAAAUCGUUUUAUUUAAAAACAUGAAGAGGCCUUAAGAUAUAAAAUUGUCCUUCUAUUCUAAAUGAAAACAAACAAGAGAAAAAACAUUAUUAUUAAGUUAAGAUGAGCCCUGAGCUUUGAUUUCGUAGAAAGUGGCGCCAAUAGUGCUGUACAUUAAGGGUGACUUUCCUUUUUGGUAUCUUUUCUUUGUGGAGCUUGAAGGAUUUUUAGUUUAAAAUAUAACAGCAACAAAAUAUACCUUUUGUUUCUUUCAUCAACCAAUCAAUCUUUAUUUGUACCACACCAAUUCACAACAAACAUUAUCUCGAGACAUCUAUCAAAAAGUGCAAUUAGCAAAGUAGCAGAAAGCUCUUGUAGUUAUUUUGUCGAGGGCCCUACGGAUAUCAUCUUUGGUGAGCUUAUUAUGAAAUACCUGAGCUAAUUAAACAAAGAGUCUCAGCAUGUCAACACCAUGUUGUGUUUAUUAGUAAACGUAACCCUUUGACAUUGCCUUUCUUAUUCAUGAAUUCAUUUGGUAGAAUAUUUUGUUCACCCACUGUAACUGAGGCAUGCUUACACAUUUAGUCACACUCCACCCUGUAUGUAUUCUUUGAUGUGAAAACUUUGUACAUAGUGUGAAGAACCUUAGCUGUCCACCUGAAACUUGAAGGUUUGUUUUUGGCUCUGUGUGUCCGAGCAGCCGUAACUGCUAAAAUAGUAAAAUAGAUCCAACAGACAUGAUAGCAAAUAGCAUCAUUUACCAGUCAAUAACAACAACAAACUGUGUGGUUUGCAUGAAACUAGUAAACACUGCUCCUCCAGUAUUACAGACACUGUUGUGAUCUGUUGGAUUUCUAUGAAUGAAUGUGUUGUUAAGGGUGACGGGUUUGUGCCUGACCACUAGCUUGCAGCUUAUAGCUUAAAGAUGCCUUUAUCAAUACAGACUUGGCUAAAACUUAAAAUGUUUCCACAUUUUGCACCCCAAUACAAUGGAUUUUCUCCAUUUGUAUAAUUAUUUUACUCCUGUUUACCCACAUCAUUUACCCCAGCUGGUGCAAGUAGGGCUAAUUCCUUGAGUUGCUGCCUCUUUACCUAUUCAGGAAUUUAAAGCUGCAUGUUUACUCCUUUUCCCCACUUCCUGCCUCUCUGAAAGAUGAAACCCUCAAACACACAAAUCAAGUUGGUACAUAAUGUCCUUUAGCUUCUCCUACAUGUAGUAAUGUGGAUUUUCAUAAGCAGUUUGUAAAGGGAAAUUUGUAUGAAAAGUCUGUUUUAAAACAGGAAUCUCAUCCAUGUCAAACUUGGGGUUUAUAAGUCAUAGAGUGGCUGCUUUAAUGUUCUUACUGUUUUCAAACAGCAGUACAGCAAACAAUAAAAAUGCAAUAAAAAAAAA